AUGGUGAAGUUCAAUUUCUCCGCUGGUGGAGCGGCGACCACCGCGGCUGCCGCCACCCAGGCGACGGCGACAGAGAUGAGUUUGGCAGCGGUGGCUGCGAUGGAUCCUGUGCCAAUCCACCCUAUCUCAACACGAGCACGAGUUCACUGGGUGUUUGGGAGUCAAAGCAAGUACCCGCAAUUCAAAUGCAUUCUCUGUGCUCCUGGUAGCAAUGCAGGGGAGAAGAUCUUCAUGUUGGCGAAGUUCAACGUGAUCCCGGCCCGGGAGGUGAAGGUGGAUCAGUGUGUGAAGCUGCUGGCGGUGGAAGUGCGGCAGACUUGGAAAAAAAGCAAUGGUGAGAUCGUGGAAGCUGCCCUCUGCCCGGAUUUGGCGGAGUAUGAACUUGCGGUGAACCUGCCAAUGCCGGGGAAGCGGAAGCGGCAGGGAGCUGAGUCAUCUUUGGUUUUCCUCGAUGAUGAUGCCUCGAUGCCUACAGCUGAUUUCGAGCUGCUGCCUGGCUUGGCUGGCAUUGCGCUGCCAUCGCCUGGUGAAGGGGAGAGCUACAUCUCAGUGCGUGUGAAGGUUGUGGACCUGUCCGAGAUUGGUGGAGAUUCGCAAAGGCCUCGCCGUUACAUGCAGGUGACGGACGUCGGAGUGGAGGGUUAUGACUCGCAGCGCUACAAUAUCCAGCUGUAUGACGGCCAUUGCAAUUCGAAGAUCUUGGUGAAGGGCGCAGUGGUGGCACUCAUGGGAUUGCAUGUGGGUACUGCAGG